CGCUGUCAACGCGUCGUGAGUUUCAUCGGAAAACUACAUUUCCCAACAUUUUCAAGUUUAUUCCGAAAGAGAUUUGUUUUUAGCAUUUCUUGGGCUCCUGGGCAGCUUUUUAGGAAAUCUGCUGCUAUGCCAGUGCAUCGUGACCGGGAGAAGAAGGAGGGUACUGCGGAGGAGAUGGAGGUUGAGGAUCAGGAGCAAGAAGGAUUCAGUUCUGAGGAGGAGGAUUCCGAAACGUCCUCUGUGUCUGAAGAUGGAGACAGCUCUGAAAUGGAUGAGGAGGAUUGCGAGCGAAGAAGGAUGGAGUGUUUGGAUGAAAUGUCAAAUCUGGAGAAACAAUUCACCGAUCUCAAAGACCAGUUGUAUCGGGAACGUCUCACUCAGGUCAACAGCAAGCUGGCAGAGGUGGAGGCCGGCCGUGCCGCAGAAUAUUUGGAUCCUCUGGCGGUGCUGCUGGAGAACAUGCAGGUCCGCACCAAGGUGGCAGGCAUCUAUAAAGAGUUGUGCUUGGACUCUGUGAAGAAUAAAUACAAGUGUGAGAUCCAGGCAGCCUCCCAGCACUGGGAGAGCGAGAAGCUGCUUCUGUUGGACACAGUUCAAAGUGAACUAGAGGAGAAAAUAAGAAGAUUGGAAGAAGACAGACACAGCAUCGAUAUAACAUCAGAGCUGUGGAAUGACGAGCUGUCGGGAAAGAAGAAGAGAAGAGAUGUCUUGAGUCUAGAUAAAAAGAAGAGAAGACCUUCAGUUGUGUCGGGGCCUUAUAUCGUCUACAUGCUUCCCGACUUGGACAUCCUGGAGGACUGGACAGCUAUCAGAAAGGCCGUCGCCACCCUUGGUCCCCACCGAGGAAAGGUGGAGUCCGACAGCUCCGCCUUCCCCUUCAGAGCGGACAGAAGCCGACCUAUUCUCAACUGCUGAGGCGUAGCAACACAGAUGCAAAACAGGUGUG